UCUGCAAUUCCUCAAACUCUGAGGACAAAAUCUAAAAAUAUUAGAAGAUAGAGAGACCAAUCUGCAAAAUCAACUCCAUAUCAAAUUCUGACUACUUUUGGUCAAUCGAAUUAAAACCAUCUCCCGAGAAUAGUAAGUGCUUUUUCACUCACUCCUCAAUCUCCCUUCAAGUCCAAGGUUAGUCCAAUUUCCAACCCUCUAUUCCAUAUCUUCAUCCAUUCAAAUCAAUUAUUUUUAUGUUUAAACUUGAAGAUCCCAUCUCCUUUUGAUCUGGGUUGUGUAAUUUCUCUGGUCCAGUUUACACCGGAGAAAGGUUGCAGCUUUGGCAGUAGAGUAUUUUUUACUAAUCUUAGGUGUGCAAAGUUAAGUUUUUAUAGAUUUAAUCGAAGGGUUUUGCAUGUGGAGUAAGCUAUGGAAUCUUUGUGGAAGCUUCUUUAUCUGUUAGAACCUGCUCCGAUUACUCUCAUUAUAACCGCAGUUGCUGUGACAUUUGGUUCUGCUUUUCGAGCUCUAAAUUAUGGUAAAGAGAUGGAGCGUAAUCGUGAUUUGUCUGAAACAUCAAUUACCUUGGACAGGUCUCAAGCCCUUAUGAUCCCAAUUAUGAGCUCUAUCAGUUUGAUCAUGAUGUUUUACUUGUUUUCUUCCGUGUCACAAAUCUUGACCGGAUUUACAGCUAUUGCCUCUGCUUCCUCACUUUUUUUUUGCCUAUCACCGUAUGUCAAUCGUGUUAAGUUGCAACUUGGGUUAGCUGACCCAUAUGUGUCACGGUGUUGUUCCAAGUCAAUUACCAGGACCCAAGGGCUCCUUUUGGUUGUGUGUGUGUGCACAGUGGCAGCUUGGCUUGUUUCUGGUCACUGGAUAUUGAACAACUUGUUAGGCAUUUCCAUCUGUGUUGCUUUUGUAAGUCACGUGCGACUUCCAAACAUUAAAGUCUGUGCGAUGCUUCUUGCAUGUUUAUUUAUGUACGACAUCUUUUGGGUUUUCUACUCAGAAAGAUUCUUUGGUGCCAAUGUAAUGGUCUCCGUUGCAACUCAGCAGGCAUCUAAUCCCGUACAUACUGUAGCAAAUAGUUUGAGUCUUCCAGGUUUGCAGUUGAUUACUAAAAAAUUGGAGCUACCGGUGAAGAUUGUGUUCCCUAGGAAUCUUCUAGGUGGAGUCACUCCAGGAGAACAUGCAGCAGACUUCAUGAUGCUUGGACUAGGAGACAUGGCAAUCCCUGCCAUGCUUUUAGCAUUAGUUUUCUGCUUCGAUCACAGAAAGAGAGCAGUCAACCCGAUAGAUUUUGCAUCCUCUAGAGGGCACAAGUAUAUAUGGUACGCCACUUCUGGAUAUGCUGUCGGCCUUGUGACGGCUUUGGCUGCUGGAAUUUUGUCUCAUUCACCGCAGCCAGCACUUUUGUACCUGGUCCCUUCAACAUUAGGUCCAAUAAUUGUAAUCUCUUGGCUAAGGAACGAGCUGCUAGAGCUAUGGGAAGGUUCAUCGCCAACUUUGAAUGAAAAAGCUCAUUCAGUUGAAGUAUGAUUACUUGAAUCCAUUUCAGAGUAUAUACGAUUCAGAUUAAGGGCUCGGUAAAUGUAAAGAUACUUUGGGCGCGAGUAACGCUUCUGUUUUAGUUUCUUAGAAACACCACCUGUUGUAUGGAGAAAAGAUUGAUUUCUCUCUCAUCAAUGAAAUUGUUGAAUUAAUUCUUCAUUAAAGUACACUACUAUCCUUGUA